AAUGGAUAGAGAUGGAUCCCCACGUCAGCUUGUACGUCUAAGGAUUUCUGCUCCACCAGUCUGCCUCAAAGUGACUGGAGCGCAGCGCCGUGGAGGAACUAUGCGAGGAUUAUUAUAGGACGUUUCCAACAGCAGAAUAUGGAUUUUGAUGACCGGAUCUCUAGCUCCAAUAUGUAUUUACCGAGCUGCACUUACUACGUCUCCGGAGCAGACUUUACGGGUCUCCCUCAUUAUUUAACCCAAAGCCAGUCCUCUUGCCCCAAUAUAUACCCAUACCAGUCCUCAGCACUGCCACAGGUCCCGUCCGUCAGAGAUGUGGCUUUCAGAGACUAUGGGCUUGAUACUUCCAGUAAAUGGCACCACAGCAGGGGGAGCCUGUCACACUGCUACCCGGAGGACAUUGUGCACAGGGACGGCUGGACGAGCUCGACCUCCAGGGGGGGUGAGAUCCUGGUGAAAGGCAGCUCCAGCGCCAGCCACUCCAGCUCCUCCAACCCGACGCACGGCUUCUAUGGCAGCGUUGGCAGGAACGGCGUUCUGCCACAGGCUUUUGACCAGUUCUUCGACACUGCCUAUGCGAGCGCAGAGAGCAGCACAACGCCCACAGCACAUGCAGCAGACACGGACAGACACACCGCCAAAACAAGCCCCGCUCCGGAUCACCCUGACUCGGACUCCGGGGAGAGCUGCAGCCCCAAGUCGUCCUCCGGCCACAGCGAUGAGAGACAGAGCAAAGGCAGCAGUGGCCAGAGGACACGCAAGAAGAGGUGUCCAUAUUCAAAGUAUCAGAUCAGGGAACUGGAGAGGGAAUUUUUUUUCAGCGUUUACAUCAACAAAGAGAAGCGCAUGCAGCUCUCACGGAUGCUCAAUCUGACAGAUCGCCAGGUCAAAAUCUGGUUUCAGAACAGGAGGAUGAAGGAGAAGAAACUCAACAGAGACCGUUUACAGUACUACACCACAAACCCCCUGCUAUAAACACUGAACAAAGACUGUCACUGACAUGUACUCCUCAACCAUACACGUCCACAUUUUACAGGAUGGCGAGUUUUGAAUGUGCCAGACUUACUAAAGAAUUUCACUAUUUAUACACUAUUUUGUCAUUAAACACCGUUGGCUUUAUUAUUAUUAUUAUUAUUAUUAAUAUUAUUAAUAAUAUUAAUAUUUAUUAUUAUUAUUAUUAUUAUAAUCCUUUCAUUCGGAUGGCCCGACCAAUCAACACUUUUUUAGUAAUGUGGUAGUGUGUGGUUUGCUUGAACGGAUCAUUUCUUUGUAUUAUUUAAUGAUAUUACUCUGCUGCAAUUUAAGAAGGAAAAAUCAUGAUUUUUUUCUCCCCUAAAUUGUUAUACAUUUCAAUUGUUUUUCCAGAUUUACGCACAACUUUUACAGACAGAAAUGUUCUAAAAUAUUGUUCCUGUUUUCUUCUUUCUAUUAUGAUUUUAAAUGUAUUGUGGAAAUAGAACUCCGGUGAUUACAAA